AUGAGUAGUUGGUCACCAUGCUUACAAAAAGGAUGGGAAUUACGACUUUGGUUUGGAGAUAUUACUGAGUCAGGAUAUUCAAAUAUUUACUUAGACAAUAUAAAAGAGCCCUUUGAACUAGAAGUUCUUUCUGAGAAAGGGUGUGUUAAUAAUGAAAAGAAUCAUAUCCAAGUUCGAGCAAAUGAAAAAACAGAUUUUAAUCUUGAGAUUAAACUAUUAACAACAAAAGGAAAAAUCCUUAUUGGGAAAGUUGUGUUUAUUACUGAAGAGUUUGUUGAAUAUGGACAUUUAUUUAGACCAGUUAUAUGUGAAGGAAAAAAGGUUGGAAAAUUAGAAGUUGGAUAUAUUUUGUUUAAUGCCUUUAAAAGUGAGGUUGACGAACCUAUUCACAUAGACCUAAAGAAUAAGAUUAUUAGCCAUAGGGGAUUCGGUGCUACAAACAGAAAUAUUAUAAAAAAUUCUGUUGUUAUUGAAAAUACUCUAAACGCAUUUUUUACUUCUUCUAGACAUCACACUGAUUUUAUUGAAUUUGAUGUUCAAUUAACUUUGGAUAAGAUUCCUAUAAUUCAUCACGACUUUUGGCUUCAAUUAAAAACUACAGAUUUUCUUGGACAUCCCCAGGUGAUUAGAGUUCCAGUCAACAAACUAACGUAUGAACAAAUUAGAAAAUUACAACCAAUUGUACUUGACCAUAACUAUUAUGAAGAAUACUUAAAAAGUCAUAAAAUUUCUCUCCAUACAUCAACGACACACCCAACUUCAGUUGAUGACUCUGCCUUUGUUGAUCGUUUAAAAAAACAAGAUGAAUUGGAAUUAGCUAUUGCUCAAUUACUCAAAGUUGAUCCAAAUUCUUCUAUUUAUGAAUUUAAAGAAUUUGAUGAAGAGGGAAUGAUUAAAUCAAAGAAAAGUACUAAAAAAGUAUCAGAAUUUCAGUCUAAUUUCCCAACACUAGCUGAAUUACUUCAAAUGGUUCCUGAAGAAGUAGGAUUUGAUAUUGAAAUUAAAUACUGGAACUGUCCAGAAGAAGGAAGAAUCCUUGGUUAUAUGGAACGAAAUGAAUAUUUAAAUCGAAUUCUUCAAGACAUUUUUGCAUAUGGGAAGAAUAGAAAAAUAUUUUUCUCUUCAUUUGAUCCUGAUACUAUUGCCUUGUUAAAUAAAAAACAGAUGAAAUAUCCUAUUGCUUUCUUAACUGAAGGAAAGUUUGAUAAUCGAAUUGUUGAUACAAGAAGACACUCAUUACUCAAUGGAAUUAAUUUUGCGCUCAGACACCAAAUUAUGGGAAUAGUUUGUAAUGCAAAAGCUAUACUUGAAGAACCAAAACUUGUAGAACUUGCACAUGAAAAGGGACUCAUUGUCAUUACUUAUGGAGAUGAAAAUGAUGAUUUAGAAAUUGCAAAGAAACAAUACUCAAUUGGAGUUGAUUCUUUGUGCACUAAUAGAGUUGUUGAUAUUGGACUCCAAAUCACCAAAACUAAGUUAAAUUAA